AUGUUAGAAGGAAAAGUUCCAAGAUCCUUGGAAAGAUGUGCAUAUCUUGAGGUUUUUGACAUUGGAAAUAAUAAGAUCAGAGAUACAUUCCCAUGCAUGUUGAAGAAAUUAUUUAAUUUACAUGUCCUAGUCUUGAGGUCGAACAUGUUCUAUGGAAAUCUCAAAUGUCCUAUAGCUAAUCAAACAUGGCCAAGGCUCCAAAUUAUAGAUCUUGCUUCCAAUAAUUUCAACGGAUAUCUACUACCACAAUACUUAUCAAACUUGGAAAAAAUGAUGCCGACUAGCAAAUUUCCAGAGCCAGAGUACUUGAUAGUUAAAGUGUUCAACUAUGGCAAGUACUAUCUAGACAGAGUGACUGUAGUUCUCAAAGGUCGUGAGAUGGAGAUUGUAAAAAUUCUUGCAAUUUUUACGUCGAUUGAUUUCUCUUGCAACAACUUUCAAGGGGAGAUACCCGAGGUAUUGGGAGAUCUCAAAUUUCUUUACCUUCUUAACUUGUCACACAAUGCUUUAACAGGAAGAAUAUCAAAGGCCCUUGGAAAGUUAACUCAGCUUGAAUCCUUAGAUCUUUCAGUUAACCAGUUAAUUGGGAGGAUUCCGGACGAGCUUGUAGGUCUCACAUUCCUUUCAUUCUUGAACCUAUCUUUUAAUCAACUUUCUGGUAGGAUUCCAAGAGGCAAUCAAUUUCAGACGUUCUCAGUAGAUUCCUUUGAAGGGAAUACGGGGUUGUGCUAUUUUCCUUUAAAGAAAACAUGCAGUGACAUCAAAGUGAAUGGAUUGUCACAACCUAGCAGCCAUUCUGAACAUGAAAUUGAUGGGAAGUAUAUAAGUUUUGCCUUGGGAUCUUCUGUUUGUUUUGGCAUCGUAACCUGGUUGCUUUUGCAUGCCCAAGAUACAAUGAGGUUGUUGACGGACUUCUUUACAGAAUUUUGGGUCAGCACAAAAAGAAUGGCAGGAAUAAAAACCAGAGGAGGUCAAGUGCCGGCCAAGAUUAUUUGUUGCCCACUGCUUUCUUCCUUCACUGUGCUGGUGGUGUUUCUAAUUAGUUCUAAUAUUUCUCCCGUAUAUGGUCAUUGUUUGCGCGAUCAAAAGGCCUUGUUGCUUAAACUCAAGAAUGGACUUACAUUUGAUUCUUCUUUGUCAACCAAACUAGACAGAUGGGAUCAAAACACUGACUGUUGCCAGUGGCCCGGCGUAAGUUGUGAUCAGAAAGGCCAUGUUCUUGUUCUGGAACUGGACAACGAAACAAUUUCUGGUGGUGUUGAGAAUUCAAGCAGUCUAUUCGAUCUUAAGUAUCUUGAGAAGAUGAAUUUGGCUUAUAAUCAGUUAGACGCUGUUCAAAUACCAAUAGAAAUUUAUAAGCUCAAAAACUUAACCUACCUGAAUUUUUCAUAUGCUGGUUUUGACGGGCAAAUUCCAAUGGAGUUGUCAAGAUUGACACAGUUAGUGUUUCUUGACCUCUCUUAUAAUUAUUUUUUGAAGCUUGAGAGCCCGGAUCUGAAAAUACUGGUUGGAAACCUAACAAAUCUUGAAGAACUUUAUCUUGACGACGUAAAUAUUUACAUGAAUGGAACUGAGUGGUGUUGGGCUUUGUCUUCGUCUCUACUUAAGUUGAGAGUGUUAAGCAUGACGCGUUGUGGCAUUUCAGGUCCUCUUGAUCCCAUCCUUCUAAAGCUCCAUUAUCUAGCAGUCAUUCGUCUCGAUCACAAUGACAUGUCUACUAUUGAUCUGGAAUUGCUAGAUAAUUUUACAAAAUUGACUACCCUGAGUCUCAUGAGUUGCAACUUGCGCUGUUCAUUUCCUAGUAAAAUCAUUCAGGUACCAGCUCUACAGGUUCUUGAUUUAUCAUACAAUGAAAACCUUAUUGGAAAUUUACCUGAAUUUCCACAGAAAAGUGCAUUAAGGGAGUUAGUGCUUCGCCACACAGGUUUCACUGGUUCACUUCCAAAUUCAAUUGCUAACCUUGAAAAUAUGGCCCGGCUCAACUUAAGAAGUUGCAAUUUUAGUGGACAUAUUCCAUCAAAUUUGGGAAAUCUCACAGACCUGAUUCAUUUAGACUUGUCAUUCAAUAACUUUACUGGAUCAAUCCCACUCUUUCACAAGGCAAAGAAGCUCAAUCACAUUGACCUUUCUAAUAACAAUGGUCCACUUUCCUCUACUCAAACUCAAUUAUCAGUUCUCCUUUCUCUUCCUUCAUUGCAGUUCCUUAGUAUUCAAAACAGUCAUUUACGCGGAAAAGUCCAUGAAUUUUCAAAUGCAUCCUCUUCUGUUCUGGAAACACUUGAUUUGAGUAAUAAUCAUCUAAAUGGAUCGAUCCCUCGGUCUAUCUUUAAACUCAAAAGGCUUUCAGAACUCUCACUUUCUUCCAACUCCUUUAGUGGGACCAUUAAUAUCGAAGCGAUAAAGGGACUUCCUAAGCUAACCGCCCUUGAACUUUCUUACAACAACUUGAGAAUUGAUAUACAUGAAAGUAAUUCAACCUCAUUUCCCUUUCCAGUUGAAAUCAGCAACCUGAGGUUGGCUUCAUGCCAGUUGCAAAAGUUUCCAGAUCUUAAAAACCAAUCAUUGUUAUCCGGAUUAGACCUUUCAGACAACAACAUUAAAGGGAAAAUACCUAGUUGGGUUUGGACAGUUGGAUAUCUGAAUCUUUCUCACAAUCUUCUAGAGUCUCUAGAAAAACCUUACAAUAUAUCUACCACUCCUAGGGUCAUUGACUUGAGUUCAAACAGGAUCAAGGGCAAUCCACCCUUUCUACGUGCUGACUCGGAUCACUUUGCAAACUGGACAAGUAGUAUUACUUACCUUUCACUUGCCAAUAAUAAACUUACAGGAUCAAUACCCUCUUCGAUAUGCAAUCUAGAUGAGCUUCAAUUUCUUGAUAUGUCAAACAACUCCAUAAACAGCAAAAUACCUCCAUGUCUAUUCCAAAAGCUAGCUGAUCGUCUCGUAGUGUUGAAUAUAGGGAGAAACAAACUAAGUGGCAUUAUUCCUGAUACAUUCCGCUGAAUUGCAACUUGAGAACUUUAGACCUCAGCAACAAUAUCUUAGAAGGAAAGUUUCCAAUAUCAUUACAAAGAA